AUGUCUAGCUCAGACCAUCUCAGUCAUCUCACAUUGCUGGCCACAGCGACAGCGAUAGUCGUCUCAGCAACAACAUCAGUUCAAAGGAAUAAGAUACAACAGGAACCCGAAUGGCCUCACCUGACGGGUCUGAAUCUCGCUGAUCCAGAGUUUCUCGUUCCAAGGGCAGUAGAGGUUAUAGUCGGAGCAGACUUCUACGGCCAAUUCAUCAGGCCUAACAUUAUUAGGCACUCAGAAAGAUCUCCCAUUGCUCAGUUGUCCAUCUUUGGGUGGCUGGUAAUUGGCCCAAUUCAGGCACCGGUCACACUUGCAAGGACGACUCAUCAUGGCAGCUCUCAGGCAUCAAACUCAUCCUUGCAAGAGUUGUUGACACGGUUUUGGGUCCAAGAAGAACCUCCAUCAUCGGACAACUCACCGCUCACUCCUGAGGAGCAGGAGUGUGAGCUCCACUUCAAGACCACUCAUUCAAGGGACUCGACAGGGCGCUACAUCGUCAGGAUACCGCUCAAGUCGCCCCCAACAGUCCUGGGAGAUUCUUAUCAGACAGCUCAUCGAUCGCUCCAACGAAUUCUCAGACGACUUGGCAGAGACACUCAGUACGACCRACUGUAYACUCAGUUCAUGCGAGAGUAUGAACAAGCUCAACACAUGCUCAAGCUCGAUGACAGCUCAGUUGGUAGAAGGCCACACUAUUAUCUGCCUCAUCAUGGGGUGCUCAAGCCAGACAGCUCAACCACGAAGCUCAGAGUUGUUUUCAACGGUUCAAGCGCCAGCUCCACUGGUCACUCGCUCAAUGACAUCAUGCACGCUGGUCCUAAUUUGAUGCUCAACAUCUUCGACUUGCUCAUUUGGAUACGCCAACUCAAGUAUCUGUUUGCGACUGACAUCACAAAGAUGUACCGGCAAAUCAAGAUACACCCAGAUGACCAGGAUCUUCAACGCAUCGUGUGGGUGAACGAACAGCAUGUAGAAUCUCAUUUUCAGCUCACCACAGUAACCUAUGGAACUAAGUCAGCACCGUUCCUAGCUGUAAGAACGCUGCUUCAGCUCGCUGAAAAUGAAGACUCCCAUUAUCCUCUUGCUGUGAAACCGAUCACUCACGGGCGUUACGUUGAUGACAUCUUCGGAGGAUCCGAUACAGUGGAACAGCUCGUGGAGACUGCUCACCAACUCAUACGGCUCUGCCAUGCGGGCGGAUUCCCGCUGGCCAAGUGGCACUCUACUUCUCAGCAACUGUUGAGAGAGGUCUCGUCUGAGCUUGGCGAGACCUCAGGCAUCUCAUUCGAUGACUGUGAUACCAAAAUCCUUGGUAUUCGAUGGUCACCUCAACAGGAUGUGUUCGACUUCUCAACAAUCUCGUCUUCUCCCUCCAAACGAUUCUCAAACGUCUCGUCCUCUCAGAAGUAG